CCGGCCGCCCCCAUCGACGCUAGCAGACGACAGAACGGUAUCGCAUCGCAGACGACGGCUCUGCUGCGUAGUCGUGUGUAGUUGUACACGCUUCCUGCUGUUUCGGCCUGCCGUGGGCGAAAAUUGAAGCACUCUAGUCUGCUUUUGUUGUUGUUGCUCUAUCCUCGGCACUUGUCUCCUUUUGUGGCGUUGUUCUGUGGGUGCCGUGGCGUCUCACGGGACAAGUUUCCAAGCAACGAGAGCCCCCUCUAUCCGGUUUUCGGGGAACCGGCGCUGCGCAGUUUAGGCUGGUUUAGGUUUUUUUAGAGGUGAGCGGGGACCGUCGCCGGCUGAUGCCAUCUCCAACGCGACCGGUGCGGCGCGAACGGUAGCGCGCGGUUCCAGCUUCGACCGAAACACGCACAUCUGUGACGAGCAACGCCAGAAGAGAACUGCUUCCUCGCUUCGUCGCCUCAAGCUAUCGCACCGUGCCCUUUGCCUCGUUCAUUUCGGGCUUUUGUUUCUGCCGAGUGUUUGGGCAACUGACGGCUGCCAGUUUUGACGCCCGUGUCAAGAACGUCCCGGUAGUGUCGUCUGCUUCGCUCGGAAGGAGGAGUGUACUUUCGUCUGCUUCAGACCUUCACGCUUCAAGGAUUGCGGUCUAAAGGGUGCGGAGGAGAACAUACGAACAGCCAUGUCCUCGCUGUUCACGAGCAGCCGCCUGUCGGACGAGUUGGACGACCUUCGUAGUAGGCUGAACGACCAGUACUCGCGGCUGGACCGCGAGUACCGGUGCUACGAGAACCGGUACCACGACAUCCGGCGCAGGCUGUUCGACGGCAGUCCGCUCAAGCCUUCCGUGUGGACCUCGCUCUCCAACGACUCCGAACGCUUCUGCCUGCGACUGGACGUCGGCCAUUUCGACAGCGAUGACCUCGAGGUUAAGACCGUCGACAACCAGGUUGUGAUCCACGGCAAGCACGGCGAGCGCACCGACGAGCUCGGGGUCAUCUCGCGCGAGUUCACGCGAAAGUGCACCCUGCCCAAGGACGUGCAGCCCGAGGCGGUCAAGUGCUCCAUCACCUCGGACGGGUUCCUCAUCAUCGAGGCGCCCAAGCGCAGCGACAAGCCGCACGGCCAGGAGCGGGUCGUGCCCAUUACGGUGGUCGAGAGCUCGACGAACGCUGCCACCACCAGCACCAGCACCGGCACGAACCACCAGCCCAGCGCUCCUGGUACAUCGGGCAAGAAGACCACGACGACGGCGACCACGGCCAUGAGCUCCGGGAGCACGGCGGGAACGGAGAGCCGGACGUCUUCGAGCACGCACAUGGUGACAACCACGUCGUCGAAGUCGUCCUUUCUGAAGAACGGCAUGGGGCCUGGGACCAGCACUGGCGCCAUCAGCAAGGUCAAGUAGAGAAGUACAGCUAGAGUCACGGGGAUCGUCCCGGGCUACCACCAUGCUGACCGAACCGAAGCCUUGCUGCGGAUCGAACUCUUGGAUUUUCUAGGUGUCAUUUCGCUGUGUCAAUGUUCUGGCUUGAGCCUCCUGAAAGGUGCUUGAAGUUUAGCAAGAAUGGAAGCUUCGUUUAGCCGGCUCGACAAUAGGAAAAGUAAAGCAGCACGAAAGGAAUAAACGGAGGGUAGAGUUAAGACACAUAAUGUGUCUUAGCUCUUCCCUUUGUUCGGGUCUGCUGCGUUGCUUUACUAUUUUGAAGGUUGAAGUCGUACACGCUGAGGUGGAGGUUCUGAUAGGUCAUCACACUAAACACCACACCUGGCACAUGGAACGCUGCACGUCUUCGCUGGCUUCAUGUUUUACUCUGGUCUGCCGAGACAUUAAGCUUCAGAAUAUCUUACCGCUUGAGGCCACCAACAGCCUUAUCGAAAUCUUCGCUUUCAAUCACGAACUAGAAUUGUGACUGUCUGAGGUGGUUUGUUAAUCGUGGUGUCACGUAAACAACCAUAGGAGUGCCUCCCCGUACAACGCUUUACCCAAGAAUAACUUUAGGAGUCAAAUUAAAGCGUAAUAUUUUAAUAGUUAAAUGUGAUUCUAAGCAGGCUGGCCUACGUGAUUCGAAGCGUAGGCUGGCCUACGCUUCGUGUUCGAAUUGGCUCUCUAAGGGAGUGUACUGGUAUGUACUGGUGAAGUGACGGAUAUCAUGGUUAAGGUUCUAAAAUAAGAUAGAUCCUUUGAUGCGAAAAAAGGCAAGAAAUUACCAGAACACUCGCAAUGUCUUACAUUAAAGAGGAAAGAUACAUGUGAGCGAGGCCUAGAAAAUUCAAUAACAAUCGAUAAUUUUUGCUGGCGAGAGUGUCCGUGUGACAGAUUCGAAAGACAGUUUAAAGUAGACAUUGGCACUUCGUGCGUCUUGUUAAUUCGGUAGUACAUUUGCUGGACACUAGGAGAAAAUGGUUAUUAGCUUUUGGUUCCAAAUCUAUGUGUACAGUGCGUUGAAGCUAUGCUUGUGUUUUGUUAAAAACCCUAUACAAGGCAUUUAUUACUUUCGGGUUCGGGACAGAACUUGACAAUAGAGCACGGUGGUAAAAAAGCACUGUUAUGCCGAAGUGUCUGACAACCAUGUUACAGGAAGUUAUUGGCCUAAAUGACAAAAUAUGACAUCCAUGCUGAUGUCAUCCUCUCUCUCACACGUCUUGACGUGUAAACUUUGUUGAAGUUACAGAAAAUUUCAACUUGGCGAAUAGCAGUCAAUAUAUUUAUUAGGGUUUCGUGAAUUGUUAAUGGGCAUUGUAUUUUUGUAGAGAUUAAAAAUUAGUUCACGCUGAAGACCUUAUGUCGCUAUUGUUAGGGAAAGCCAACUUUCUGAAGCACUAUGUGGGCUUGAGAUAUGAGUGACCAUAUGUACUGAAAACUAAAAAACAAAUAGAAAGAAACUUUGGCUGGAACCUAAUUAGGAAUGUUUUCACUGCGUUGUUGUUUGCAUGUUACUGAGCAACUUACAUUCUCCCUACAACUUAAUAUUUAUGCAUGUUGUUGGUCGUGUAAAAAAGUUUAAAACAUAUGCACAUUUUUUGUUGUUAUAGCGUGUCUGUUUUAGCACCAUUGUAGCAAAUUCCUUCUUGAUUAUUGUGUUCGUUAAACAUGUCUUCUUAUUUAAUUAUACCUUCUUAUUUUGUACAACUUAUGUCAACACGUAUUUCAACAUAGAUGCACUUAUGCACAGAUAACCUAGUUUCUACCGCACUCCUUAAAUUUUAUCACAAACGUUUACGUGCUACGUGAUGGAUAUUUGAGGUUUGGAAGCGCCUUAGACUAUCAUUAGAUUAAUCAUGAGAGCCAGACUUUUCAAGACUACAUGAGAUCACCAUGUUAAAAAUGCAAAGUUGUUUAGGUGGUUGUGCAAGGUCAAUGUGCGUCGUUACGUUUACGCCGUGACGUACGUAAUAAGGGAAUAAAGUGAGCCAAAACAUGUUGAAGUGGUACCGUUCAUGUCAUAAUCAAAUACGUCUUUAUAUAACCUUAACAGUCGAACAGUUGCUAUAGCAGUGGAAGUUGACAUAUUCCCUCUAUUCCAGUAAACUUUUACAAUAUGACUUCAUGGGCAUUACUGUAUACGUUACAAGGACUAAAGGUUUACUUAUUGAGGGCUAGUAGAACAAUGACAGACGCUUUCCUUUUAAUUCUUCGAACAAUAAGAAGUCAUCUGUACUCUAUGCCAUAUCUGAUACACCUUCGUAUAUGUUUGACAAACAGUAUGUUUUUAACCUUACAAGACAGAAUACCGCACGUAUAUAGGUGAGCAAUCUACAAUGACCACGGUUCAUUUUUAAAUGCACAGGUAGGUGAGUAGUUGGCAAUGUACAUGAGGGCAUUACUUUUUGUUAUUUAUUUUUACAUCGCUAAAUAGUCAUUUUAUGCGAAUGAGAAAAAAGUUUUGUCAUUAAAUAACAUCCAGCUGCUGUUAACAGUGAAAGCUGCACUGAAAAGCUAGAGAGACAGAAAAACAGGAUGAUUGUUGCAAAGAAAAUACCAACUGAUUUGUUAACUAUAGCAAUUGUUUUGCGAAGGAGGCUCUGAUGCGGUCUUUGGCUAUGGGACCUCCUUUUGUACACCAAAUAUCUGUAACAAUACUGAAACAUUGAUAUAACGAAAUCUGAUUCCGAUUUUUACAGAUCAUGGAUUUGCAAUGAGUUUAGUUGAUCGUGCAUUUUGCUUCUUGUUAAGCGCACACUGCGCUUCUUUUCUCGCUCUUUGCCAUCGUUUACGCCAAAAACAGUUAACAGUUAACACCUGGUACCCUGUGCACCGCAAGUUCUCAUGUAUCCCUAUGGUAAGUAAUCUAAAAGUGUGAAUAGACAACCUGCAUGUCUGAAUGUUCGUAAACAAACAUACAAAAGACAGUAAGGACGAUCAGACGACAAAUACGCUUAUUUUCCUUCGCUGUUCACCGUUACGAAUAGCAAUUUUUACCAAGUAGGCAAUGAAAGCAUGGGGCGCUAUAACGUAAAGCUAUUCCAAAUUGUUUCUGUGCCGUUUCUGCAGUCGACCCUCCACGAUGGGUGAAACAUAUUUUUUCGAGCCACCCCCACUUCACCUUUCUAUCACACGACGUCACGAAAACCGCGAUAACUGCCCAUCUUAUAGGAUGUGUGCACGCUGAAUGUGCAUUAUUAGACCUUGCAAACGAAAAAUAGUUAUUUCCGAUUCUACACCUUUUUUUUGCCAUUGGCCCUCCGCUAUUGAUCAAAAAAGUAUUCGGCCUGCGCCCAUUUGGCCUGUCUGUCACACGGUAUCGCAAUACCGCGAAAACUAGCGCCGUGUGCACAAUAAAGGUGAAAAUAAUAAGGCGAACAAAACGGAAGUUUUUUUCGGAAUAGUUGGAGACUGCCCCGUUUCGAAAGGAAUAGAUGUCUGCCUACCGAUCAUUCGGACACUGGCUAUACUCGGAGCUGGCGGGGCCAUGGAUUUAGUUGCGUAUAAUAAACAAUUCGGCAUGGCAGUAUAACGCUCUCCAACCCUUUCGACGCGUUUACAGUGCUCUGCCAACUAUUCCGCGCUGAGGACCUACUUUAGCGGCAUUUCUAACGUUCCGUUGCACGCCGCCAAUAUAUUCGACGAGCCACGGCAAGCCACGCAGGGGGAAGCGGGCCAAUCGCAGAGGCCGGCAACACCCUCCUCUUCCGGUUGUCUACUUUCACUGCUCUAGCUAGGUCCUACCGAAUCUCGCUGCGUGCUCCUCGCCUUUCUCAACUAUAGAUAAGAAAAACCUGCCAAGAUAGACAAUGCUAUUCGUUCUCAAAGCAAACAAAAAUGACCUCCUAUAAACAAGGACAGCGUUUCACUGCUUGCGUCAAACAAAGCUUCGGGUCGCCAGCCCGAUCGCUGGUUACGUAAGUUUGACGUCAGGAGUUGUGAAUAAAAAGCACAUUGGAAUAGUUUUACGUUAUAUGACCCCAGGUCGAGUGUAAUAGUCAUGCGUUCAGAAGACAAAAGUAUGUCAAAACGUUUAUUUGCGCGCGUAUGUUGUAACCGCCGGAUCACAAGUUCUGCAGCUUGUCUCUUACACGUACUGUCGCCAUGAUGCUUGACCAGAUCAUGCCUUCAGCAUUUUCUUGCUUCUCCUGCGGAGGGUUCUGUAGAUUUCUGGCUGGCGUGCCUUGAAUGUGCAAUCUUUAUUCGCGUUCCUUUCAAAGCAUUCGGUGUUUACUCCUGACAGCCAGCGUUCUUUAAAGUUAAACCGCUCUUGUUGGAGGUAAGUCUGAUAGUGCUUUUACAUUUGUGGAGAUGUUCUCAGCAUUGCGGUGCACGGAUUCCUUGCGCGAGAUCUCAAAUUGCGCGAGCUUUCUCUUUUUUAAUGUCUCAUAAACCUUGCUGUGAUGUGCCUCAGAUGCUUGUAGUUGGUUACCACGUUUAAAUGCGGCAUUACACUGCGAACGUUGCUCUCUACUACAUUGAUUGUUGUGUUCAUUGAAAACUUGAACCAAUUUGUACUUCUGAAACUCUCUGAUCGUGUAAUAGUAGUACGUCCAAUGUAGCACACGAAUACCAAAUGCCAAAAAGAUUGCAGAGCGCUUCAGCGAAAUGCAUAAUGCUAAAAUUUCUUUGUUUUGAACGCGAGAAAGCAUAUUUGUGUCUCAUAAGAGGACUGUGCUACAGUUAACACUACUUUCACUACUGAUAAGUUAGAAAGAUUGCUAUUUCUGUACAAAAGUACACAAAGAUUGUUGUCCUUGAUGCAAGAAAAACUAAAAUGACAUUAUGGCAUUGGUUAAGAGCACACAAUGUUCAGCAAAAACGCAGCUGUUUUCGAAGCACGUAUUGUGUAUUUAUCGCAUCGAUGUUGAAAAAUAUGUGCAAUCCGAAUGCCAAAUAAACGUUUCGAAAACCUU